AUGACCAUCACCACUCCUCAGAACUGUCUCGUACCCUACCUCGAGCUGGAAAAUGCUCCUCCGGAUGUAGCCGCAGCCAUCACCCACCUGCCGUACCGGCGCAACAUCUUCCACCUUCUUGGCCACUCCCAUGGCUCGUUCCCCCGUCUCAUGGGCGUCUAUGCCGCCUUCUUCAACGGCAACUUGCGCACCCUUCCCCUCCUCGACUGGCAACUCAUCGUGCUCCGUAUCUCGGCCGUCCUCGAUGCUGAGUACGAAUGGGACGUGAAUGCGCCGGUGGCACGCAUUAAUGGCAUGCCAGAGGAGAAAUUCGACGCUCUGAAACGGUCCGCCGGUCGUGGCGCCGACAGUGUAAAGGCUGAGACGAUCUUUACGCCGCGGGAUCGGGCGAUCCUCCAGUUGGUUGAUGAGCAGCUUGCAACGUACAAUAAUACCGAGGAGACCAUCCGACGGGCGAAGGAGGUCCUGAGUGUGGAGGAGCUUGUGGAGACUUAUAUUGUUCUGGGGGUCUAUGUCCUCAUCGCGCGCAUUACAAAGGGGCUGCGCAUUGACCUUGACGGGGAAAUUCCCGGAUUAGAGGAUCAUCUAAAAGGGGUCGUUACUGGAAAUUAG